UAUGAUAACAGUGAACAAAACCCUACCAAAACUUCGUAGCGAAAUAUUACGUACUGAAAAAUUGAGUAUACCGCUAAAGCUCCAUAAAUUACUGCAAGAAAAUUAUGACAAUUAAAAGUAACCCAUGAAUUUUGACGUCUGCAAGGUUCCGUACACGAAACUACUCCAUUAAUGCAGAUUAUUUCUCGGUGUAAAGUUGACUUUAAUUCUAAAAAUCGAUGAUGAUUGAACGGAACGUCAUCAGUUUCAUCAAUAAAUUUAAAUCACUGGAUGUUUUCACCAAGCCUUUGGAGGAUUUCCAGGAAAAAACCCUCUAUGGUGGUCUAGUUACCAUAUUAUGUUGGAUAACCAUUCUGUAUUUGACGUUUUGGGAAUUCGUUGAUUACCUCCAGCCGGCCUGGAAUGAAGAGAUAUUUGUGGAUGUUUCCGGUGUCUCGAAAUUACAAAUCAAUUUGGAUAUCGUGGUGUCGUCUAUUUCAUGCGAAUAUUUAGCCCUAGAUGCGGUUGAUACUUCCGGUGAUCAGCACUUACACAUUGACUAUAAUAUUUAUAAGCGCAGAUUGGAUUUAAAUGGUGUUCCCAUCGAACCUCCUCAAAAAGAAAGUUUAAAGCCUGUGAAUAAAACAACCCCAGCAAUAUCUAGUGCACAGAAUUCAACUGAAUGUGGAAGUUGCUAUGGUGCCGGAGAAGAGGGCCAAUGUUGUAAUACUUGUAUGGAGGUAAAAGAAGCAUACAGGAAGAAAAAAUGGAUCUUUAAACCGGACCAGUUUACUCAGUGUAAACCUGAACUCAGCUCCAAUACCACUAUAUUCAAAGAAGGAUGUCAAUUAUAUGGAACUAUGGAAGUGAACAGGGUAGGAGGCAGUUUCCAUAUAGCUCCCGGUCAAAGUUUCUCCAUCAGUCAUAUACAUGUUCACGACGUUCAACCUUAUGCAUCGCAUAUGUUCAAUACAACUCAUCACAUCAGACAUUUAUCUUUCGGCAAAAAAAUAACCAAAACAGAUGGCACCAUACAAGUUACCCCUUUGGAUGGUCAUACCGGAUUAGCGAAGGAAGGUGCGAUGAUGUUUAAUUACUACAUCAAGUUGAUUCCAACUGUGAUAGAGAGAAUGGAUGGAUAUUUCUUCUACACGAACCAAUUUUCAGUUACGAAAUUCGAAAAACAUUUGUCAAUUACCGAAGGGGAUUCCGGUAUGCCUGGAAUAUUUUUCAGCUACGAAUUGUCUCCGUUGAUGGUCAAGAGAGUGGAACAACGAAAGUCGCUGAGUCAUCUCAUCAUGACAAUUUUGAGUUACGUCAGUGGAGUUUACAUCGCUGCCUUACUAGUCGAUUCGUUCGUUCAUAAAACGGUAAAAUAUGUGCAAAAAUUGGAAAUUGGCAAGCAAAGUUGAUUAUUCAAGAUAUACCACGGGUCUCGCACUAUGUUCUCUUUACUAUGCAUUUACUAAUUUUACAGUAUUUUUGGUCGAACUAAGUAUAAUCAUGAAUUAUUAUGUAUAUAGCAUGCUUAUGGAUGCUGUAGCGCAGUCAUACUACUAUUUUGUUCAAUAUUUAUCAUUUAAAGGAUCGAUGCAAUGUUUCGAUCUCGUUUAAAAAUGCGUUUAUUUUGGAUUUUGUGAUUUUUUUUUUUUUAUAGAUAAAAUGCAUUACACAUUUUAAUGUGUAUUCAGUUCAGAUCUCAGAUCUCCUAUAAUUUAAUGUAUAAUAUUGUAUUCAUUUUUGAGAAAGUUUAAUUGUAGAAGUUUAAAAAAUGAGAUUUACUAAUCUUCAUAUGUAAUUAUAUACAAUUUUUUUCAUUAAGAAUUCAAUGCAAAUAAUUCGUGUUUGCAAGUUGCAACAUGGUACUCUCAUUUUGUGUAAUUUUCGAAAAUGGUUUUCGUUAUGAAAAUGUCUCAAUUUACCUACUGUCUCGGCAGUUUUGUUCUCUUAUUCUGUUCACGCACAAAAAAACGAGGAUUAGUACAUGUUUGUAGUAUGUAGUUAUUUAUUAAAAUUGUUGUGAAUUA